AGACCGCAUCCGUGCUAGUUCCGAUAGUCGGGCCCAGCCAGAAAAUUCGCGAACCACUGGCGGGCCUUUUGCCAUUUUCCCUCUCAUAUAAUCCACGGCACGGCCCUCACACUUCACAAAACCAUGUAUCUUUCCGUCGUCACUCCCGCGAAGGAUCCGCUCGCCUCCCCAUAUGUCCAUGUCCGGUAACACGAGUUCGGACAUCCUCAUCGCGGGCGCAUUCGCAGCUUUCUCGGUCGAUCUGCUCGUAUAUCCUCUCGAUACCCUGAAGACGCGCUUCCAGUCUCCCAAUUACUACCGCUACUAUGUCAAUCCCACGACACAGGCGCCCAAGCCCGCGCUCUUCCGCGGUCUCUACCAAGGCCUCUUCAGCGUCAUCAUAGCAACAUUGCCAUCCUCAGGAGCAUUCUUCACCACAUACGAGCAGACCAAAUCGCUCCUAACCUACCUCAACCCACCGUCCGCACACAGUAGCAGCAAUGCAGGCCUCAUUCCCGCGCCCAUCAUUCACUCGACAGCCUCGUCGAUCGCCGAGCUCGUCUCCUGCGCCAUCCUAACGCCCGCGGAGGUGAUCAAGCAGAACGCACAGAUGGUGAAAGCCGGGUCUCCCACCAACGCCACGCUCCAGACGCUCAAGAAGUUUCGCUCGAACCCGACGGCGCUGUGGCGCGGAUACACGGCGCUGGCCGGACGCAACUUGCCCUUCACUGCGCUGCAAUUCCCCAUGUUCGAGAAAAUGAAGCUUGCGAUCAAGGAGUACAGGGCUAGGGAGGGCCUCGCGACGGGCACGAUCUUGGAAAGUGGAAUCAUCACAGCUGUGAGCGCCGGGUCUGCGGGUGCGGUCGCGGCGGUCGUCACAACGCCAAUUGAUGUCGUCAAGACGAGGAUCAUGCUGUCUGCAGCGGACGACGCAGCGCACGAGGCUGCUAAGUCGUUAUCUCAACCCAAGAGCAACGGUCUUGUUGACGCAUUUGGAAAGUCUGUAGAAAAGGGCAAAGGCACGUUGAAAGCCGCUGCCGAGAACCUCAACCCUGUCGCAAGCGGACAGAAAAAGAGCAGCAGUAGCAGUGCAUGGCGCAUUGGCAAGGAAAUCAUGCGGGAGAAGGGCUUCAAGGGACUCUGGAGGGGUGGCGCGCUGAGAGCCGUAUGGACGUUCGUCGGGAGCGGAUUGUACCUGGGCGUCUACGAGAGCGGUCGCGUGUACCUCGCCAACAGGAGAGGCGAACAUGUGGAUGAGGAAGACCUGCUAUGAAAAGAGCGAUGGGCAAUUAUUUGAGCAUGGCUAUCACUGCACUUCUGUUCCUACUGCUACAUUCCCUUAUAGGGGUGAGGAUAAGAGAUAGAGAGUACUCUGUAUAUAUAGAUAGGUAAACAAUAAACACUACAUAACAC